UACCUGCACUCACGUCCUGCUCUCUCUCUCCCCAUCCCUCUUUCUCUCUCUACAAAAGUUGCGAAAGAGACCUCCAAUGGCGGAAUGAGGUUCUGGAGAGAUUAGUGGAAGACUAUAGAGUGGAGAAAAGAGAAGCAUUGAGCUCGAUUCUCCGAGGAAAUCGAGUAGAAGCUCGAAGAUGCUUCGAUUCGCCAUCGCGUGUCUUGUCGUUUUCUCAUUCGGUCUCUCAACUUCUUCAGCUCGACCAGCGCCAUAUGCCCUGCGCAUCAGCUGUGGAGCGCGUCAAAAUGUCCGAACUCCACCAACUUAUGCACUUUGGUUCAAGGAUAUUGCAUAUACAGGGGGCAUCCCUGCCAAUGCUACGCCUCCUAGUUACAUUACUCCUCCUCUGAAAACGCUAAGGUAUUUCCCUCUUUCCGGAGGCCCUAAUAACUGCUACAAUGUUGUGAGGGUGCCAAAGGGACACUACUCUGUCAGGAUCUUCUUUGGGCUAGUUAAUCUUCCGAAUUUUGAUAAAGAACCUCUCUUCGACAUAUCCAUCGAAGGGACUCAAAUAUUGUCAUUGAAAUCUGGUUGGAGCCGUCAUGAUGACCAAGUAUUUGCUGAAGCCCUCAUGUUUCUUUUGGACGGCACAGCUACAAUCUGCUUCCAUGGUACUGGUCAUGGAGACCCUGCAAUCCUUUCUAUAGAAAUUCUCCAGGUCGAUGAUCAAGCAUACAAUUUUGGUCAAGGUUGGGGCCAUGGAAUGAUCCUCAGAACAGCCACAAGGCUGACUUGCGGUACGGGGAAGCCUAGAUUUGAUGAAGAUUACAGCGGGGAUCACUGGGGUGGUGAUAGGUUUUGGAACCCCGUUAGAACUUUCGGUGAGAAUACUGAUUCUCCAAUAUCAACUGAAAAUACAAUUAAACAAGCUUCAAGCCCACCCAACUUUUAUCCCGAAGCACUUUAUCAGACAGCACUUGUCGGUACUGAUAAUGAGCCUGACUUGACAUAUAGUAUGGAUGUAGAACCCAACAGAAACUAUUCGAUAUGGUUGCACUUUGCGGAGAUCGACGCUACAGUCACUGGUGUUGGAAAAAGAGUGUUUGAUAUAGUGAUAAAUGGUGACACCGUCUUUGAAGACAUAGAUAUCAUAAACAUCAGCGGUGACCGCUAUGCAGCACUUGUUCUUAACAAAACUGUCACCGUGAGUGGGAGAACCUUGACCAUUGUUGUACGGGCUAAAGAAGGUAGCCAUGCUCUUAUCAAUGCCAUUGAGGUCUUUGAAAUCAUAACGGCGGAGUUCAAGACAUUUCGAGACGAAGUCAGCGCUUUACAGAAACUGAAAACAUCAUUAGGGCUUCCUUCGAGGUUUGGAUGGAAUGGUGACCCAUGUGUUCCCCAACAACAUCCAUGGAGCGGAGCUGAUUGUCAGUUUGACAAGAACAACAGCAGAUGGUUCAUCGACGGACUUGGUCUUGAUAACCAAGGGCUGAAGGGUGUUCUUCCGAGUGACAUAUCAAAGCUACGGCAUCUGCAGAGCAUAAACUUGAGUGAAAACAACAUUCAUGGAGGAAUUCCCGCAUCAGUUGGAAACAUUACGAGCUUGGAAGUAUUGGACCUCUCGUACAAUUUUUUCAAUGGAUCUAUCCCCGAAACCUUAGGACAGUUGACGGCCUUGCGAAUUCUGAAUCUCAACGGGAAUUCAUUGUCAGGGAAAGUUCCGGCGACUUUAGGCGGAAGGCUUCUGCAUAGAGCAAGUUUCAAUUUCACGGAUAACAAAGGUCUAUGUGGAAUCCCGGGACUUCCAGCAUGCGGGCCUCACCUAUCGGCCAGAGCCAAGAUCGGGAUUGCAUUCGGUGUUAGUUUAACGUUUUUGUUGAUCGUUUCAUGCGCGAUGAUAUGGUGGAAACGACGGCAAAAUAUCCACCGAGCACAUCAAAUGGCAGCUAGAGGAUCUGCAUAUGCCAAAGCAAGAACCCAUCUGUCCCAUGACAUUCAGAUGACUCGGCAUCAAACCCAUGGAAAUGCUCGUACCGCCGUCGAGAAUGGCCCGAGCCUUUUGUCGUGAUUACCCGAAAAUCACGAAAACCCGAAUCCCCGACCCGAUACUUUUUUUCUCUUCUCUCCCGUAAACGGUUCUGCUGCUUUAGCCGUCACCAAGGGAAAAGAACAAAGGAGGUAAGAAGUAGACUUUGAAUCUUCUUUGUUCUGCCUCUAUGGGAACAAAAGAGGAAAUACAUGUUUUUGUACAUUUGUCUUGAUUUCUUUACAAAGCAAAACUAUAACCAGUUUUAGCAAUAAAUAGAAGUAGGAAUUGAUUUUGUAAUAUUUUUUUUACCCUUCACUUUUACUGUUUGUGGUGUUUUGUUUUUUUGUUCAUGGGUUCCUAAGGGAAACUACAAGAGACUUUGUGGA